GACUGUACAUUUGUGUGCGUGUGUGUGUGUGUGGGUCGAUCAGCGAUGACGUGAGGUGAUUGUUGUCAGCAGCUGUUCAUCCUGAACACGAAGGAGAAGUGGAUGUGUGUGAGUGGAUCGCGUGUCCGUGAGCGCACCGUGACUCGUCUGGAGUGGAGGUAGUGGCGCCGGAUGACCCACGGACUGAGACACCGGAGCCUCGGCAGUCUCCCCGCCGCCGUGUGGCUUACAUAACGGACGGCGGCAUCGUUGAGAGCAGAUAACGGACGCGAUUCUCCAGCGCAGGUCGGAGUUGAAGCCAUUUUCUCUGCACAGGCCGACGGUCGCACCAGCUGAGCUCAAAGGCAUCAUUUAGUGUCCGUGUGCGCGCCGCACACAACCACCGCCGCCAGCAUGAACGUGGGCACGGCGCACAGCGAGGUGAACCCCAACACCAGAGUGAUGAACAGCAGAGGCAUGUGGCUGUCCUACAUCCUGGGCAUCGGCCUCCUGCACAUCAUCCUGCUCAGUAUCCCCUUCGCCACCGUCCCUGUGGUCUGGACCCUCACCAAUCUCAUCCAUAAUCUGUGCAUGUACCUCCUCCUGCACACGGUCAAAGGGACGCCCUUUGAGACCCCGGAUCAGGGCAAGGCCCGCCUCCUUACGUACUGGGAGCAGAUGGACUACGGCGUACAGUUCACCGCGUCACGCAAGUUCCUCACCAUCACACCUAUUGUCCUGUACAUCCUCACCAGCUUCUACACCAAAUAUGAUCGGGUCCAUUUUGUGGUCAACACUGUCUCCUUGCUCACUGUUCUCAUCCCCAAGCUGCCCCAGCUUCAUGGCGUGAGGAUCUUUGGGAUUAACAAGUACUGACAAGGCAGUAGAGGACGCCCCCCUUUCUUUUGCCCGAGUCCCCACGGACUGUGAGAGCACACAGAGUGUCGGCCUUAAGUUGGCCGCAGCUCCGCGAGGAUCAGUGGCUCUUUGGCUCCCGACUCUGAACGAAUCCGGCUGGGGACACUGCCAUGGUAUCAAACUCCAGGAUAGAGACACAGCACUCUGUAGAGAGAGAGAGAGCACAAAGGGAAUGUGUUCUGUUGUGACUGUUUUGAGGUCUGUCUCCCUCUCUCUCCUUCUCUCUCUCUCUCUCUCUCUGGGACACUUAAAAUGCAUAUGUAAUCAGAGAAGUGUUCUGAUGAGGUGUGUGAGGAGACAGAGGACAAUGUGGUUGCACAAAUGUUACGUGCCGUUUUACACGCAGUUUUCUUUUUGAUAACAGACUGCUGUGUUUACUCAGCUCGACUCUCUUGUUAAGCGUCCUCUUUCCUCAGGUCUCUGGGAUUAGGGGAAAGUAAUGCCGCUUUUCCACUACAAGUUUUUUUUGCUUUUACAUUAGUGAAAGUACCCAGUAUUUUUUUUUUUUAGUACCUGCUCUGGCGAAGGUGAAAGCUGGCUGAGCCGAUACGAUGCGUGACGUCGUCAGACUGCCGUCGGCUGAUUGGUCAGAGUGCAAGCCGAACAAUGCCGAUAUGUAGAUCAGUUAAAAAGACUUAAAAAUCCUGAAAACCUGCAUUAGUCUCCAACAUUGACUCCAACAGUCCGGUGUAUUUAGCGACCGCACUGCUGAAAGCCGGCGAUUGUGAGCCGAAUCACAACCCGUUCAGUUGUCUUUUACUUCAGUGACUGUGUCUGAGCUCCGGUCAUGCAGGAAGUACUGAAGUAAUCUUUUUAAUGAACUGAUUCUAAUGAUUCAGUUUCAUCCAGGCGAUGAACCCGCCCACGUUGAGGAAGUAAUAUAUUAUAAUUGAAGACCAACCAAUCCGCGCAGAGUCGAGUCGUGCCGGGACCAUGUAGUGGAAAAGCAGGCAUAACAAUACCUUAACGUAAUGUAAAGGGACAUGUGGACUCCUUCAGAGGCAAGACACUAUAGCCCUCACUACUCUGCUCAGGGCCAAGAAGUUAAGUUGGUCAACUCUUAUUUUAUCUCACCAUGUCCAUAUUUGGACUCCUCAUCCGGGGUUGUGUCACAGCAGGCCGUCUCUCUCCGCGGAGUCGUCUGGUCUGUGAGCAGCAAGAAUGCACAAGCGCACUGCAUCAUCCAUGCAACAAAACCAAAGCUUCUGAGUCUGCAGUUUAACAACUGUUCCUGUUUCUCACGUUAGUCAUUGUUACAAACGGAUGAGGUCACACACUGGUCAAAAUGACUGAAUCUGGAAUAGCUUCUCUAUCACAUAAAUGCCUUACUAAGCACAUUCUGUAAAGAGAAGCAUGUGUCACCCGUGUCAUGUGACCAGAAUGUGACCAGCUGUGUGUACUGGUUAGAAGAGAAAAGAAGAGAAACGCUGAACAGACAAGUGAUAUCGCUGUCGAACAUCAAGAACUGUCUCGCCAUCCUUAGGUGUUAGUGUAUAAGACACACGUGCAGUCUGAAGCAAUCCAGCACAACAAUCCUCCUGUUAAGUAAUGAUAUUUUCAGCUGUUUAUCGAAGUAUCACACAUCCAUUUAAACACUGACCAAUGAAAUAUGAAAUAUGCUUUCAUUAAUUAUCACCUUAAAACUAUUAUUGUAGAACAAACUCUGUUUGUACGGUAGCCCAGAAUGGACAAAUCAAACCCCUGGUUCUAGGCUUUGGCUUUUCAUGGUUCACACAUGAAUGGAGAGCGUGAAGAAAAUUGAACUACAAACAAGUUAUUUGUUUACUUUUUAACGUAGUUGAGGACGAAAACUGACAUUUCUUUUGUAAGUUUUCUUUUUUUAUUAUUAUUUGCUGUUUACAAAAUGAUUUGGUACACGGUUCAUUGUAAAAGUGCUAAUUGAUGCAGCUUUACAUUUCUUUCUUUUUGACUUGGUUAAAGUCAAGUUGAAUAGCUGUAAUGAUAUUGGUCUACUAAACCUCAUAAGGUUAAUAAAUGAAGUAAUACUAGGUCAAAUUGUUGUUUUACUCUCCCAUCUUUUUAGGAUCAGAGGAAAUGAAUAGGGACAUUGUUUUGUAUAAUUCCGUUUUAUUACUUUAUGUGGGGGGAGGAUGACUGAAGUGUCCAUGAGCCAUUUCAUCGGGGAUAAGUUGGAAAUGUUAGUGUCGUUAGUCAUGAUUUUAGUUGACUCACAAAACAGAAAUUCCCUCCCUUUAGGAUCAAGUUUGUAUCUGCUUUAGAGGAAAUACGGAACGGACUAAAGUGACAUCUGACUGACAUGUUUGACAAAAUGACACGUGAAAUAUGAAGUCAAAGGUCAUGUCAUUGUCAUCAUUUGCUUCCUUCUGUGUUUUAUGAACAUAUGAAAUGUGUUUACUGGCGUUAUCCUGAGCAGUGUUAACAUUAAUAGUGCAGCAGUUGCAGCUUUUCAGUCACAGACUAGUUUUAUUCUGUUCCAUGUUCUGUUCAUUCUUGCUGAAACCAAAAUGAUUCCAUUCUGUUAGGAAUUGGCAUAUUUUGUUACUGACGCAGCCAAUGAUGAGCAUGUUUCUCUGCUGCUGC